CCUCCUGGAGCCGAGAACAGAGACAGGGAGCGAGGAGGAGCACAGGAGAGAGGAGAAAGGAGAGAGGAGAGGAAGACAAGGGCAGGUCCCCCAGCGCAGAGGAAGACAGCCAGAGAGACAGGCGGAGAGGAGGAGGACAAAGACAGGCCUGUACAAGCCAUCACACCAGAGCCCCUGGACACAGGAUGAAGGGAGACACCCCCCUCAACAGCACCAUGAGUAUCGGUCAGGCCCGCAAGCUGGUGGAGCAGCUGAAGAUCGAGGCCAGCAUGUGCCGGAUCAAGGUCUCGAAGGCGGCGGCUGACCUCAUGGCCUACUGCGACGCCCACGCCUGCGAGGACCCCCUGAUCACCCCUGUGCCCACCUCCGAGAACCCCUUCCGGGAGAAGAAGUUCUUCUGCGCCCUGCUGCCGUGCCGAUCGGAUCCCGCCUCCCGCCUCCCGGCCGCAGCGUGUCUGUGUGCGCCUGCAGCCCCGGCUCGAGUGUGAUUUCUAGACGUCUUUCAUCUCCGCGAAACGUUAUCAAGAGCCUGGCCGUGUUCCUGACUGGUCCUGCCGAAACGUGGAGCCAGUGUUCGUACGGAGACAGCGAGGCCCCAGCGAGUACAGCAGCACGGGGCUGCAGGACAGCAGGUCUGCCUGGCCUGUCUGAGAGAGCACUCGCAGGGGGAGAGGAGAGAGACAG